AUGCGGACGCCGCUGUCGGACGUGUACGCGAUGGUUGACGGUAACGCGUCGCUGUACUGCGACUUUGACCUAGAGGGCGAGGAGCUCUACUCCCUGCAGUGGUUCAAAGGCUCUACCCUCCUCAUGAAGUACCAGCCCUCGGCAGCUGCCCUCGCAACUACUGCAGGUGUGUUGGUGGCGUUGGUGGCGGGUGUGAGUGGACUGGUCUACGCCUGCGGCGACAGCCUGCACAUGCGCUACCAACUGCCAUUGCGCAGCGACAUGACGCUGAAACUGGAUCUCCCGCUAGAACUCUACUCCCUGCAGUGGUUCAAAGGCUCUACCCUCCUCAUGAAGUACCAGCCCUCGGCAGCUGCCCUCGCAACUACUGCAGACUCGACGAGAGCCCCGUACCCAAGCAGGCAAAACGCCAGAUCUUCUCCAAAUUCCGACUCAUUGAUAUUGUCGUCUCACGCACUGAAUCCUCAAGCUUUAUCGCAUCCCACUAAUUUUACGGCGAUUGCCUCUAAUGGCAAUCUUUCGAGCGUUCCAGUCAACCAGCAGGAAAUAGAUCCAGACAAAAUCUCGAAGAACUUCUCGCGGACGGAAACUUUACUACAUCGUCGAAGCGUUUCAUCAGCAAUAAAACCGCAAGGCUUAGAGAUGAAUUCUAUCUACGAUGAUAGGGUUGAAGAUUCAACGGAGAUUCGAUCCCAAUAUAAUACCGUCGUAGUACGACAAGACUCCAAAAAUAUCAAUGGUCGGGCCAAGAGAAACGAAAUAUUACAAGACAAAACAAUUGCUGGGGUCGGAGGCGCACAAGCUGUGAAGUUUCUUAACCAAUUGAAACUAAACAACAUGUCAGAAACUGAAGAAAUUAAUGUCAACAGCAUAAAAGAAGGGGAUGUCAUAAGAGCAGCGCAUGAAGAACGUGAAAGACGACCUAUUUCAGUAGAAGAAACACUUCACAAAAGACACAAAAAGAAAUAUGGCGAACUAUCGACGACAAACAUAGAGUCUGAUCGAAGAAAUUCAGCUGAUGGUAAAAUAGAUAGAAGCGUUGAUUUGAAUCAACGAGCUCUUGCUAAGACUAUAGACAAGGAAAAAGAAAAAGGGCUUGAAAGAAAAGUACAUUUUGACGGGGAAGAUGGAGGAAGCAGGAAAAGCGAACAACUCGUAAGUAGCGCUAUGCCAAGAGAGGAAAUAUUUUACGAAUUCGACAAAGAAAGUGAAGACAGCAAAUUUCAAAUGCAUUCUCCAUUGCAUGCAAAAUCCCUUCCUGAUUACAACCCUGAAGCAAAUCACAUGCAGCACGAACGACAAAUUAAUUCAAUUGAUGAACCAUUUCACGAACUGAAAAAGAAAGAGAAGAGCAAACGAACGACCAGAGACGCGGUGUCGGAGGACGCCGCUGCUGGGGGCGGUGUGGUGCGUGACGUGGUUGUUCCUCCUCCAGGCAGCCUUACGCGACGACCCGACAAGAGCAUCUUCAGGUCGUACACCAAUCCUGGGUCCCUUCUGUCCAGGGGAGGCACCAAAGACAGCCUGCGCAGGGAGCAGGCGCGGGAGCUCGUCUUGUCGCUGGUGCGGCCUGAGGCAAUAGGCAACUACUCGUGCGUCGUCACCCCCGACAGCAUCAUACGACAUAGCGGCACGGCUUCCUUCAACCUCAUGGUCGUCGUGAACGAAUUCAUGACUCAACCGACGCAGACUCGCAGCAACAACCGAGUGCUCGUGUCUCGAGCCGUCUCAUUUAAGGCUUUCCGGCAGCUCUUUACCAACGGUCACCUGCUACUAGAGUGCCGAGUGCAGCUGCUGGAGAUGGAGUGGAAGACUUCGUCUGAGUUGAUCUUGGAGGACCAUUUACUGACAUCGCAUGGCAGCGCGACAGGCAACGCCACUUACUGCCGGAGGAAAAGGCUGCUUAUCUUUAUCACGGCGUCAGUUUUGGGAGGCACCAAAGACAGCCUGCGCCGGGAGCAGGCGCGGGAGCUCGUCUUGUCGUUGGGAGGCACCAAAGACAGCCUGCGUCGGGAGCAGGCGCGGGAGCUCGUCCUGUCACUGGUGCGGCCUGAGGCAAUAGGCAACUACUCGUGCGUCGUCACCCCCGACAGCAUCAUACGACAUAGCGGCACGGCUUCCUUCAACCUCAUGGUCGUGGGUACGUAG